UCACAAAUGCCUCUUCUGUCACCCGUUUCUCCUCUCCACUGACCCUGACCAAGUUCAAGCCACAGCCCUCCCUCACCUGACCCCCAGGACUGCCUCCCAGCAGGGUGCUCCGAAUUCAGUGCGUUCUUAGAAGAAUCCGUCCUUUGUAUUCGUGUAACUACGUGUCUGAACACGUGACGGGCGCACACGUCCUCCUUCGGAGCAGCUUAGGCGAACAGUCCUUACACGUCGCUCAAAACUCUCCGUGUCAGCAGCCUUCGUUCCAGGCCGCGGGCCACUCGCGGAGAGCGGUGUGUGUCCCCGAACACCUGCAGGAGCGCCCUCAGAUCUCCUCCCCCGGCUGUGUGUGCACGUGCACAGGUACCCGUUUCGUUACACGGGGUCGUUAUCGUUAAUUCCAUACCGGGGGCUGCUCAAUGCAAGUGGGACCACAGCCGCCGUGCCCCAUAAUUUACCCGGACAGAGGCUGCGCGCCGCUUGCAAGCAGCGUCCCGGUCGUUUGGGUGGGCGGCAGCCAGGAAGCCCCCCGGGAGUUAACUGCUCGCUGCCGCCCUCGGCUCCGCAAGGGGAGUCCGCAUUGACCUUCCGUUUUCCUCGGACUGGACCUGACCUCAAAACUGCAGGGGAUCGGCACGGGUAAAAACGCGGACAAAACAAAGGAAGAAGAAGUCUGAUUUCUUGCCACCACAUUACCAUGCCUCGGUAUGACACGUAAUUGUGUUAACACUGAAACCUGGAAAGCAAAAGCACGUCGCGCAGGGAUAAGUCCCAGAGCCGCCGCAGUUUAGACCCGCGCGGGGCAGGGGGAGGGUACGGCCUUAAGUCUCGCAGAGAGCAGGCACGAGCGCUGUGGGCUCCCUGUCUCUCGCGAGAACCAAGCUUCGGCUCCGCCCUCCACGGCGUGCGGCCGCGUCUCCAGGGGCAACAGCAAUGGCGGCGCCCUUCUCCGAGCGGCUCUUCUCGCUGGAGCUGCUCGUCGACUGCGUGUGUUUAGAAGUCGGGCUGCUGCCGCCGCCGCCCGUGGUCGCGGUGGAGGAGGAGCAAGAGGAGGCCGGAGAGGAGGAGGAGGAGGCAUCCCCGCCACGGCCAUCGCGCGACUUGUGCCCCGCCGUGGCCUUCCGCCUGCUGGACUUCCCCACGCUGCUGGUUUACCCUCCGGAAGGCCCCGGAGCCCCAGCCCCGGAGCCCCGACCCGGCCUGGUCAGCUUCGGUCGCGGCAAGUCCUGUCUCUUCCGCCUGCACCCCGCCACCCUGCGCCGCCAGCUCCUUCGGACCCCGCUUUACACCUUGCUGUUGCUGCUGCCCCCCGGGCGUCCUACGCCCGCCCCGCAGCUCCUCGGUGCCUGCAGCAUCUCUCUGGCUGCCGCCGCCCACAAGGUCCUGGGGCAGGCCGCCCCCGGCUGCUCCCACGGCCAUCGAGGGAGUUUCCCUCUGCAUAACCAAGUUGGGGAGCGGAUUGGGGACAUUGCCCUGGGCUACCGCUUAACCGAUUUAGGAAGCAGCUUGUUGGGGCAUCUUGAGAGGCCGGUCGCUUCCACGGGAGGUGGGGUGGAGCGCGGAGAGAUCGGUUCCCAGACCCCGCAGGAAAAACAGCAGCCACGCCCAGAGCCAAGAACAAGACAUGGCGACAGUUUUCUCAUGGGUUUAAAAAUCCCAAAAGCACAGAAGGGUUUGGAGGAAGGAGCUUUCCCCAGUAAGACCAACUCUGGUGACACGGUUUCUGUGAAGCAUGGACAAACCAACUCUAUUUGUUCAAAUUCUAGUGGUGUGAGGAGCGUUAGCCCCCCAGAUCAGGAAGUCACAGAGUUAGACAUCGAAACAAACACAUUUUGCCCCCCUCCUCUGUAUUACACUCAUUUGACCCAAGAAAGGAUGCCCCCUGUGCAGGGUACAAUCACCAUUAAGCCUCAGAUAAAUGUACCUGAGGAACCGGAUGGUAUUUGUGUGGAGGAAAACCGUGCAACUGCCCCAAAACAUACUGAUUUUCUGAAACUUACUAAUUCUGGGGCACAUGAAAAUCCUCCAGUGCCCAUAAAUCCUCCGCACGUUCAGGAUGCAGGAGCACGUGACCAAACUUCAGAUCAUGCUCAAACUGAACAAAAUAGAAUUAAUACAAUAAGGCAGCUGCCUUUGUUAAAUGCCUUGUUGGUUGAGUUGUCCGUGUUAUAUAACCAACCUGUGGCAAGCCCUACUCAAAUACAUCCUCACUUAGCCUGGUUAUAUAGAACUGAGGAUAAGAAGUCACCAGAAUCUUCUGCCAAAUGCACAUGUAAAUCUGAAUCUAAGGAUAAGCUUCCUGUGGGGGGAAAUGAAAAGUCAGUGAAUCUUCAGUAUAAAAAGAACCCAGUCGAAAAUCUCAAAAAAGGUAAACAUUUUGAAAAGAACAGUGGUGACCCCCCCAGAAGAGUCCCAAGAGGGAAGCUGCUUUAUGGUUUAACAAAUACACUUAAACUACGUUUAAAGCAGACAAAUCCUGAUAUGUUGGUAGUACAUGAAAGAAGAGAGCAAUAUAGAAAAAUGCAAGCACAAAUGUUGGGUGCAAAACUCAGAAUUCCUUCAUCCAAAGUUAAAGUAUUAAGCUUUGCAGAACAACAUCAGAAGCCACGCCAACUGCCAAAAGACGAGUGUUUGGGAUUAGAUGCAUCUUUUGCUGAAAACAGUGAUACCUCAAAGCAAAUCAGUGGAGUUUUUGAUGACCCUAGCACAACUAAAGAAACUAAACUGAAAUGUGCAACUGAAAAAACUGUAGAUUGUGGUGAACAUAGAACAGAUAAUGGUUUAUUGCAAGAAAUUGUGAGGCCUGCAAAUUCCACUGUCCCACAAGGGGUUAUGCAUGCAAGUAUUUUGGAAGGAAAAGUGGAAAUGAAAGUCCAAAGUCCAUGUGUUUUCCAACAAGUUGCAGUUAUUGACAGAAUUGUAGUGGAUAAAGAAAUGGAAGAUAAACAGGUCAAAACCACUGAUGAUGACAUUCUUAUUGAUGAUGUUGGUGAAUAUAAACCAUGUAAAAAUAGUUGCUCUGAAAGCAUCUCAGAACUCAAGUAUUCCGAUGACUUCACCAGCCCUUGCUCUUCUGAAGAUUUCUCUACCUCUGAGGACACUAGCAGAAUUUUACAAACUCAUGAUAGCAGUCCUGGGUCAGAAAAUCCAAAACAUAAUCAAUAUACAAGUAAAUCUAGUGAAGCAAUACUGUCCACAAGAAAAAACAGCAGUGAAAAGAGUUCUGUUCUUAGCCCGCCUUUUUCAGCUGGGUUGCCAGUAUACGCAUGUAAAAGAUCUCAUAUUUCAAAGAUUAAAGAUAAAAGUUUGGAGGAAACGUCUAGUAUCUCUACCAGUGAUUUAUCUUCAUCACAUUGGACUGAGGAGAAAGAAAACCAGAUAGAUCGAAACAGUAUGCAUAAUACUGAAGUUCUAAAGAGGGGUCAGGACAUCCCUACUAAACUUAAAACAAGAACUGGUUGCAAGUCUUCAGAAAAAAGCCAGUCACCUCGGACAUCGCAAGUGAGUACUUAUCUGCCAUCUAACUUGUCGGACCUGGAACUUAAUGUCCUGGACAGCAGUGCACCAGAUCACUUUGAUGAAGAUGAUGAAGUUGCCUCACUAAGUAUUUCCAAGCAAUGCAAGGAUAUUUGCGAAUUAGUGAUAAAUAAACUUCCAGGAUAUACAGUGUGAAAAUACGUGCUUUUAAAAAACAUUUUAUUUUUGUAUAACCUAUGUGUACCGUUAGUGAAACAAUUUUUAAUUAUUUUUUACAUUAUUUUAGUACAUAAAUUACAUGGGUAAUUUUUAAAGAAAUAUGUUAUUUUGAUGUCUAGAUAGUAUUUAUUAAGUUGAACAGUAUUAAUCAUAAAAUCACCUUAUAAUCUAGGUAAGAUUGAAGUUGUUUAAUCUUAGAAGAAUAAAAGUAUCUUUCUAAACUCUCUGAAAAAAUCAGUCAUCCUAAAGCAGACUUCAGGCACACCAUUAAAAAUGAAGCCUAGUUAAUAAGGAUAAUCUCAGAUUCUAACGGGAAUAAAUCAUUUGACAAAUAUCGAAGAACUUACUGUGUGAGAUACAGAAAGGUACAAAAAUGUUUAACAUACAGCCCCUGUAGGUAAAGCUUACUGUUUUACACAUAUAUGAAUUCUUUAGGGAAAUCUUUGAUACAUACACAUCCCAUACCCCAAUAGAUAAAGUCCUUUUUAUAUGUCAUCAUGUGCUCUACUUUUUUUUUUAAUGCAGUUUGUGUGAUCACUUGAUUAAUGUUUAUCUUCUUAAGUUUUGCGAAGGAAGGGACCAUAUCUGUUUUGCCCACCAGUAUAUGUUCCUGGUACCUAGCACAGUCUCGCCUUGGUUGGGGUGUGAUAAAAGCAUGUGUUGAACAAAUUAAUGAAGUCCACGCAUUUAAAAUAACCUGAAGGGAGGCAAUAGAAUUAAGCAGUCAAACAAGCAAAAAUCCUAAGAAUAAGCAGAAAAUCCUUAUUGGAAACAUGGUUAUUUGACUACAAUAUUUUUGUUUUGGUGUCUAUAAAGAGCCUGCAGGUGUUCAAUGAAGUAUUUGGGGAAGGAAGCUAAGAAAGGUGUCUUCCAGUUUCUUAUAUAGAAAUUGAGUUUAUUGUUGUCACUUCAGGCUGUUCCAUAGUUAUUUUUAAGGUAUGCAAAGUUUGUUUUUAUCUAGUGAUCAUUUCUUUAUAAUUUCUUCCAUUAGUUUUGUACUUAGACCUUAUUGUGUUCAACUAUUUACAUGUAAUUUUUUAUGUGUUAUAUUUUAAUUUUUAUAUUUUAAUAUAUCUGAUCUUUUUGGAUAUAUGGAGUGAGGCCCUAAUUUCCCUUCCUUUAUAAGUAAUCAAAUAACAAUGCAGGUAUUAUCUUUUGAAUGAUAGUAAAAUUUAGAAAGGUGGUAAGAGAUGAGGAUAUUAUAUUUUGAGAAACAAUAUGCGUAAAAGAAAUAUGGGAAUGAACAUAAUGUACUCAUGGGACUGAGAAAAUAUCUUGAUUAGAAUGGUAGAGUGGUAGAAAGGAUAUUUGUUGAGUAAGAAAAGUCCCCAAUCGUAGGGAGCUUUAAAUCCCAAGCAUAAUAAUAAAGACCUAAGCAAUCAAAACAAAAGAGUAUUUUAAUUUACAGUUGAGCACCAAUACUUGGCCAUGGCAUUUUGAAUAUUAGAAAUUAUUGAAAUAAUUUCUUGAAGGCACAGAAAUUAUACCAGUAAACGUUUUGAAAUAGGAAGUGCUUCUUAAUGGCUAAUGGCUAUGAUCUUAAUUUUUCAGUUAAUAUAAAGCAUCUAGUGUAUCAUCUCAGAAAAUCAAAGUAAUUUAAUGCUAUGUGUUAUAGCUAGAUAUCAGCUUGGUGUGUAAAUUGUUAGCAAUUUUUCACUACUAUGGAAGAGAAAAAUAUAAGCAAUAAUGUCAGAAACAUUAGAGAAAUAAUUCCUUAAAAAUCAGCUUUUAUUUGAUUAAAAGUAAGUCAUUGCCUGUGAUGAGAAUAGAUGAGAAAAAUGAUUAAUUCAGUAUGUCUGGGGUACAACAAAGACUAAAGCAUUAAUGUACUUUAGAUUACAAAACUAAGUAGGUAAAUAAGAUUCUCUUCAAGUCACUCCAUCGGUAUUUAUUUCUAGAAUUGUGGUGUUAGUAUUAAUAGCUUAAUUCUAGUAAAAAAUACUUCUUUUCAUGCAUUUAGUACUUCCUAUUUGCAACCUAUCUUCAAAUUCUACUUCCUGUUUUAAUUCUACAACCUAGAAGCUUAGUUUUUUAAGAAUAUCAUAAUAGAUACUAUUCCUGAAAUGUUCUCUGUACCCUGGAUUGCUUAAAAUCAUUGAAACAUGAAAUAGUAUUUCAGGCUCUUAAAUAAGGGAGACCUGUUAUUUAAUUGUAAAAUUAAGCUACUGCAAUUCAGCUUUUCUGAAUAGCAUAGGUAGCUGAGCUGCUGUGGGCAAAACUGAAUGGGAGAGGAUCUAAGAAGCAGUGAGCCACAGAAUGUUAGGACCUUAGGAGGCAGCUGUCAAUGGUGACAAGUCCUUUGAGCUAUGACACGUACACAGAUUCUGAGAGGGCUCUGCGGAUGCAUACAAUAUGUUGGUUUUUCCCUCGGUCAUUGGUACACUGCCCAUGGCUUCAGAUACAAGGAACGAUGAUACUGAACUUUCUGCCUUGGGCUUCUGGUUUUCUGUAGAGAGCCACCCCUUCCCAUCUCAAUUAAUUUUUAUUUUCUGCAUAUAAAAGCAGUGCAUUUGUUAUGGAAUUAUAUUUGGGAACCAAGCUUUUAUUUUCUGUAAAGAUAGAGUUAAAGAUCAUAAAUUAACAAACCACACCAUGGUUAGAAAGGCAAAGGAAUUUCAUAACAAAGCAACAUAUAAACAAGAUAAACAAUAUUUACAUUUGUCUAAUCAUAAACUGUCCUUGGGCCUAGAGAUAUAGCCAUCCCUUAGGCUACUUAUACUUUUAUUGGGAUUAGGAUAACUGGAAUUGUGCAGAAUGAUAAUUUAUGUGCCAAUACUUGCUGGAUCCUUCUCAUUUUUAACCUAAAACAAUGCAAGGAUAAUAUGCUUAGUCAAGGACCAAGGCAUUUUUGCUAUUUUUCUCCAGAAAUUUAUCUGUCAUGCUAGGAAAUAACAGAUUUCAGGAAGAGCAUCAUUAGGUUGGAGUGCCUAGCCAUAGGAAUGUAAUUACUAACUUAUUUUUCAAAUACUUCUCUGUUAUGCUAAAAAUGUGUAUUAACUCUAGAAAAAAAAAAUAGAAAAUUCAGGUAGAAGUCUUUGCUACAAAAUUGUGUAUUAAGGGAAGGUUUUGAUUUUUCCUUCCAAAACUCCAAUGAAAUCACUGAUGUAAAAAUAAGAAUGAACCCUUAGUAGCCCUAGAGAACAAGGCAGAUGCUGCUGGUAGACAGGACCGUUUGAGGAACUUCUGGAAGAUAAAGAGCUGGUGGAAUUGGGUUGAUGAAAAAUGUGUUAGAAAUCUACCCAUCAGCCUCUUCCAGUGUGGGAGCUGCUGGAGAAAUGAGAAGAUAGGGUUUGUUUUCUAAGAGCCUCAAAUAUACUUCAAACGAAGUCGACUUGGGAAUAGAAGCAGGUUGUGGGCAACUUGGGGGCAGAACAGAACUGAGGAUGUGAGAAGUUGGAGCCCAACUAAAGGUUUAUCUACUAGAAAAGUUGUUGGGAUCAAAAAGAAAACUGGUAUUUUUGCUUUUUGACACCAAAAUGUUUUUAUUUUUGUUUUUUUUUAAAGAUUUUAUUUAUUUAUAUGACAUGACAGAGAUCACAAGUAGGCAGAAGCAGGCAGAGAGAGAGAGAGGAGGAAGCAGGCUCCCUGCCGAGCACAGAGCCCAAUGCAGGGCUCAAUCCCAGGACCCUGAGAUCAUGACCUGAGCCCAAGGCAGACACUUAACCCACUGAGCCACCCAGGUGCCCCAACACCAAAAUGUUUUUAAAACAUCUUUUUCAGUUUUACCGGGGAGACCACUAACACUUAGUGGCAAAUUAAAAUGAUGUAAUCCUGGCCUUUGGAGAUGGACGAAUGGUAAUUUUCAUCCUCGGUCAGGUUAUAUGAAUUCUUGGAGAUUAUUUCUUCACUAUAGGAUUGGUUUGAAGAUUGAACCAAAUUUACCUAGCAAAUGGACAGUGAAUAUGCAUGUGAGUGUUGAGGAGUAAAUUUAGAAUUACAGAGACUAUACCAUGGUAUCUGUAUUUCUGCCCUAGGGGACCCUAUAUUUUUAAUUAAAAUCUCAGGAAAUCAACUCUUCCCUCCAAAAGAUUUGAACAAAUUUUCCAUGGCACAAGGCAAACAGAUAAAGCAUGGAGAUAAAGCAAGACAGAACUUCUGGCCAGGGAAGAAGACUGUUUAGGACAGAGGGCAGAGCCACAAAACCACACAGAAGAAGGAGCCCUUCUCAGAAUAUUAAGCAGGGGAGCAUCUAGCUUUGUGCAGAGUAUUAGGCAGUGGUGAGAGAAGGGUUUGGAGGGAGAAGGGGAUGCAAAAUUUCCUUUCCAUUCAUUAAGAAAGGGAAUUGAGCCAGGGCAUAAGUAAGGACAAUUUUUUUUGAAAAUAAUAAAGCAAACCUAUGUGGCUUGGACUAUAGGAGGUUGCUUUUAAAACAUCUUUAAAAUUUGUAUUAAAUUUUUCUUUCUGGAUAUUUCAAGUCUUUCUAUAAGUUGCAGAAAAAUAUUUGCCCCUUUAUACACCUUGGAAGUGAUGCAGUGAAUGGGGAAGGAGCUGUGAAAAAUCAGUCAUAAUGAAAUAACCAGAAACUUUGAGAACGAGUUGGGAAGAGAUGAACAGCUUUCAGACCAGAUAUUGUAACCGAAUAGGGGAAUCCAUGGCAACAGGAAUCAAAAGAUUCAGGUUUUAAUAAUAUUUGUGUGUGUUUGGGAACAGACCAGGAUAGGAGAUCAGCCAAGUUUAAGACAAGUUAACAGCUGAGGUCAUAUACCGUAAAGAAAGAAUGUGGAUUGGAACAGGUCUGAGUCAGUAGCUAAGUUAGUUACUAUAGGAUCAGAAAUCCAUACUUGUAAGCUUGACAACUAAGAAUAUUAUCAGUUUUCUUCCUUUUUUGUUUCCUUCUUGGUUUUAAUAUAGUUCUUUUUUUAAAAUUUUUUUUAUUUUUUCAGCAUAACAGUAUUCAUUAUUUUUGCACCACACCCAGUGCUCCAUGCAAUCCAUGCUUGAAGGAUCUUUUAGUUGAGCUCAAGAGUAAUAGGAAAUGGAUUGGGCUGUGCUCCUAACUGAGCUGAAGUCCUAACAGAUGAGCAGUAUACUCCCAGGGUCUACAUACUGAAAGACAAAGAAGAUAUGAGGGCUCUUCGAAAGCUGCUCCUUUCUAUCCAAAAAUUUCUCCUUUAGUUAUCUCUUCUGUCCUGGAAAGCUUGAAGUUUUUUUUUUUUUUUUUUUUUGAUUUAUUAAGGGUAACUCUUCAAUGUCAGGGCUUACACCCAACAACUGUGUGGAGUACUGUAUUUCAUGCUUGUGAUUUCGGUGUCAAUCCUGUAGACUGAAUUGGGACUGAAUUCUGGACUCAGAAUGACAUAAAAAACAAUGAAUGGAUUGCUUUAGCUAUGGAGAAAACUAUUGUCAGAAGAUUUGACCUAAAAAUGAUUGCUUACAUACCCAAAAUUCUUAAGAAUAUUUCCAAGUACUUUGGGACUGCAUUUGUUAACAUGAGGGAAAAGAUAUUUCUAAUCUUCCAAAAAGAAGGUCUGAAAUAUGAAUAUUGGCUUCUCAUUAGUAAAGUACUCCCUAUCCCGGAUAUUUUCUUUUAAUAGCCAAAAGCCAAGUAUUUAAGAGGACAGACCUAUUUUCAGAUGGAACUUCCUUCCGUUCCAAGGCUCCUUUUCUGGAAUAUAUGAUUUCAUGGUACUCUCUUGCUGUAUCACUGAUCACAGCAUGAGCUUAUCCUGUCAAUCUCUAAGAACCAGUGCUAGAGGUAGGAUUUUACUAAAAUCAAGGUCUAGCUUUUCACUGGAAAUAGAUUUUUUAAAGUAUUUUGGUUAUGUGGUCUCCAUUGUCAUUAACACUAAUACUUCCUGACUCUGAUAAGCACUUUACAGCUGAUGAGGAGCUUCCAGUGCCUGACAAUAUCUUCAGAAGAAUCCUAUGAGUAAGCAUUAAUAUAACCAAGGAAGCUGAGGUUGUUUUCCAUAUCCAUAACCUUCCUCAUUGCCAUAGAAAAACUGAAAGGCUCUUCGUAUAAAUAUUAGGAAGUUAAUAUUCCUUCAUUAUUUAUAUCAUUUCUGGAGUCAGAGUGGAUAGCAAGAACCUAUAAAUAGAUAAAGUUUAAUUUUGAACUUUAUAAAACUGUGCUGUAAUUCAGACCUCCCUA